ACACUAUCCCAUCACAGGCAUCUCCAAGGUAAACUGUGACUGCAACGCUGGAAUGUGAUGUCCUCCUGGCUGAUUUGGACCCUAAUAUUGGGAUUCCCAACCAAGAUAACUAUUUAGGCUUCUUACUUUGUAAACUUUACGAUAUUAUAAAGCGUGAUGUUGUAAAUGUAGUCAAUAAGUUACAUUUAAUCAAAUAAAUAAACUAUUUGCAUUAGUGUGUUAUAUAGUCUGGUUGAUGGUUAAGCCUAUCUAGUCUGUCAUGAAGAAUACAAACUAGUGCAUUUCUGAACGAUUGAUCGAAUAAAGUUGGAUUUAGCCUAUGAUCUGUCAAGAAAAUGUAACAGAAAAACCUUUAUUACAUUGUCUCAACAUUAUGAAAAAAGGCUUCGGUGUGCUGCUAUGAGUUCAGUGGCUACUUAAUAACCAGUGUCAACCAAGUUGCCUCCUUGGUGACUGCGCGCGCGUGUCUAUCAACAUCGUACAAGGAAUGUUUGUUGUCCGGUGCCCCGCGACGUCACGGAAUUUGAGAGCGCGACAGUGCGCCCUAGGACUCAAAUACUGUGGCAUGUUUACCGACGUGAGUUUUCCUGAUCCGACUCUUGUUUGGAGCUCGUCUCUCUUGCAUUGGAAUAGUACAAGGGAUAAGGAAAAUAAUCCGAAUCUAUGAUCUCGGGCCCUUUGAUGAAAACAGUCCCAUUUUACCCUCUGACUUCAUGAUUCAAUUGGGUAUAGAUAGUCUAUUCGCCAGAGAUGUCCACCGCUGCAACUCCAACCACCCCCUCUCAGUUAACAUCGGAUCAACUCACGGUCAUUGUGGCAGCAUUUUCAGGUCUGGUGUUCUUUGUGGUGAUCGUGGUGCUGCUGUCCAUAUACCGAAAAGAACCUCACUGCUGCAAGGACACCCAUGGAGACAUGGAUACCCCUCCUCAGUACUACAGCAGCAGACAGACACUGGUGGGAAACCCCUGUCUGGAACAGACUCACGACAUCAUACACGACAACACACACUCACAGUCAGGGCAGCUGUUCCUUAUCGGCCUGCCCUCCAGCUACCGCCUGCCCUCCCUGGAGGCGCCCCACCCCAGGCUGCCCUCCUACGAGAGUGUCAGGAAGAAGGACCGCCAGAGACAGAUACACAUGAUGAUCGCUGACCGUUUCGGCCUCAACGGCUCCAUGCUGACUGAGCCCCCUCCAACAUAUGAGGAGAGCAUCCACCACUCCAUUGAAGUGCCCUUUGACAUUCUGGGGUCUGUAAUAGACGCCCCUCAUCCCCAGAACAUUUACCCUCCGCACACUGGCACAGACUUUACCACUCAGUCAGAGAUAACCACUCAGUGCCCAUCCACUCAGGAUGCCAACAGUGCCACCCUACCAGUCUGAAUCCUCAGACUCGCUACUGACACACGAUGACAAGGACAACUGGAGUAUUGAUGCUUUUUAUCCAUCUUGAUGUGCCAAACUGGUCAGAGGAUAACAGACAGGGGAAAUGCACACAUUCUCAAUAGGUUGAAUCAGACCCAGCAGCCAAUGGGUUGACUGUACUGUAGGAACAUCCUGCAGUGACAGUAUGCUGGAAGAUAGUGAAAUUCUACAUUGUGGGUUACUCCAUACUGACAAACUUGAAUGUCUAAACACCUCUUGUCAGUUGUGAUUUUAAACUGGAGCCUAAAUAAGAUUGAUGAACUGGGAAGACUUGGAUUACCAUUCUUCAGUGAAAAGGGAAACCGUCCUGUAGAUGACCAAUACCAUGACUAUAUGUGUCUGAGGUGGCAGGUUCUAAUGCCAAAGUUAACUGUAAGAGGAGACAGGCCAGGUAGAAAGACACUCCAUGACAAAUGUGCUGCUGAAAAACAAAGACCAUUUUGCUGUGAACAGAAAAAGCACCAAAAAGGGAAGAACGAUCUUUAGAUUUAAAAAAAAUGUUUAUCAUAUUUUCUACAUUUGAUCAUUUUAUGGAUUAAAGUAAUCUGGAUGAUUGUUUUUUGGGGAACUGUGUUGUAGCAUGUCGUUUUCUGAGUAAAACCACUCUCCUCUUUUAGUGCAAUGUCUGAGCCAAAAACGUAUAAGCGUGAGUUGUAAAAUGCUCCUAUGUCCUACCCUGCUGAACUUGGGUUGUACAGUUGAGCCAGCUUCAAUUUGUGUGUUAGUCUUGGAACCUGUGAAGAGUGAGUCAACAACACCAAUCAUGUGUUGGCUCUGGUAACGGGUCUUAAAAGCCCAAUGCAGCCGUUUUUUUAUAUCAAAUAAUUUAUGGGUAACAAUAAUGUACCUUACUGGGAUGGUUUUCCAUUAAAAUUAUCAAAAUUGUUUUGUUGCUUUUAAGCGUUAAACGUUUUAACAAGCAAUAAUUGUGGUCUGAGUGGGGAGGAGAAAAGGAAAAACUACUUGUUAUUGUUAGAGAGGUUUGGAACUCUUUGUUAUUAAUCUAUUAACUCAUUUACCACCUGGUGAUGUCACCAGGCAAGACAAAACUCCACCCAUGCAAAACCUGCUGUUUAGAAGGUCCUUUGUAGAAUGUAUUUUCAACCAGGAAAUAAUACUGAUCAAAUCUUGUUAGUUUCGUCAGCUGUUGUACAAUAUGAUGCAAAACACAAACUGAAUUUUUACUGCACGGGGCCUUUAAGAUACAAUUCAGCAUUGGGAUUGUGGGAAGCGGUAAGGAGCUAGCUUUGUUUAUUCAAGACCUCUGUGAACAGCGAAUGAGAAUAGUUGUGUAAAAAGCUUAUUUUUUGUUGUUGAUUAACUGGGCUGCCUGUUUUACUUUCCUCUUUUGUUCUCCAUUGUUCCUCAAACAAGGAGGAGGCUGAUGACAUCACAUCUGACCAUCUCCUUGUAUUUGAUUUAUUUAACCUUUAUUUAACUAGGCAGUUAAGAACAAAUUCUUAUUUAUAAUAACGGCCUAGGAACAGUGGGUUAACUGCCUUGUUCAGGGGCAGAACGACAGAUUUUGUACCUUGUCAGCUCAGGGAUUUGAACUUGCAACCUUUCGGUUACUAGUCCAAUGCUCUAACCACUAGGCUACCUGCCGCCCCAAACCUGCCACUCCAAAAUCCUUGAAGCUAACUUAAAGUUUGCGGUUGUCUCUAAAACACUAUUUUACUCAAAACAUAUUUUUUUAACCCUUUAGUGUAUGUAUUUAUACUUGGGAUAUUUGAACAGGAAAAGUAAAACAAAAUCACUGGAGGACAUCUAACUUUCACUUUCCGAACCCUCUAAACUGCACUUUACAUUGGUGGGAGCAGUGUUUUUGUGCAUUUUGAAUGACCCUGGAACCUAACGAUUAUACAAGUGAAUUAAUGACCUGUAAGUUUACUUUGAGCCCACCACCAAGUUAUAUCUGACCUGUACACACACAUUGAACAUAUGUAUGUAAAUAAUAAACUGUUAUUAAAUCAAA